AUGGGAGUCAUGAGUGGACUAUUAAACUGUGGAAACGCGAGGAAAUUUGACCGAUCCAUUCAAAGAGAGGUUGACCGCAGCCUCAGGUCCGGGUUGGGACUCGUGCUGUCUGUGCCUCGACGGUCGCUGUGUGAGAUGAGUGCUCUCAGAUGUCCGAGCGCCCGCAGCUUCAGCCGCUCAGUGGAGUCCGCUACAGCCAAGUUAAAGGAGACGCCAUGGCUGAAGGAGAACAUAGGACUGCUCCUCACAUGGCUACAGAGAGCAGGAGGUUCCACAGGAGGUUCUGGUGAGGCCUCCAGGUGCAGGGGGUUACUGUCCAUCUUAGCUGACCACUGUGGCUUUGUGACGGGGCAGAGGCUGCGGCGAGCGUGGCAGGUGGGACAGCUGUAUUCCAACAUUUACUCUGAUCGGACAAAGCGGAACCUGGUGGGGACCAUGUGGCGCACGUUUCAGAGCAGACACUCCAGCGGACGCCUGCUAGCUGCUCUGGCCGGAGUCUUCAUGUGGGAUAGCGAGAAGAUCCAAGACGACGAGAUACAGAGAUGUGGACUGGAGCUGCAGGCCCUGGACUCGGUGACACGUCCGACCUCGGAGAAAGCAGCCAGUUUCUCAGAGCAGGACUGGGAGAUAGUGAUGGACAAGAAAGACUUCAAAGUGUGGAGGAGACCAGUCCCUGACAGCCACCUGUACGAGUACCGAGUGCUGGGCUCCUACAACGACGUCACCCCGAGACAGUUCUUCAAUGUUCAGUUGGACACAGAGUACAGAAAAACAUGGGACGCACUUGUCAUCAAGCUGGAGGUCGUGGACCGCGACGCCCACACGGGGUCAGAGGUUGUGCACUGGGCCACACAUUUCCCUUAUCCGAUGUACUCGAGGGACUAUGUGUACGUGCGCCGCUAUGACGUGGAUGUGGAGAAGAACCUGAUGAUUCUCAUGUCCAGGGCUGUGGAACACCCCAAAGUGCCAGAGUCUCAAGAGUUUGUGAGAGUGAACUCGUACCAGUCCAAGAUGGUGAUCCGUCCUCACUCCUCCUUCGAUGAGAAUGGGUUUGAUUACCUGCUGACAUACAGUGAUGACCCGCAGACAGCCUUCCCUCGAUACUGUGUCAGCUGGAUGGUCUCCAGUGGUAUGCCUGAUUUCCUGGACAAGCUGCACACUGCUGCUGUGCGAGCCAAGAACCUGGAGGUGGGGAUCUACGACUACGCAGGAGUAAAGACCCGCCUGGCGUCCCCCGAGCGCCGUACUGAAGACUCGCACACAGGGACCUCAGGCCAAAUCUACGCUUAG